CUCAGUACUGAAGAGGCGUCUGCUUAAUUUUCCUCCUUUCUUUUUUAAAUAUUGAGGAUUUUGAUGCGAUAAUGAGUAACUUAAAAAUUAGAGACUAUGACAGCAUUACGUCUUUUCUUGGAUCUUGGGGACCCUUUCAGCUGAGGAUAUUUUUAGCCUUGGCCAUCAGCAUUCUCCCGAAUGGCUUUGUUGGCACCUACGUAGUAUUUGUAAGUGAUACGCCACCUCACGAGUGCUACGUCCCUGAAAACUACAGCAUCAGUGAAAUGUGGAGAAAUGUGACAAUUCCAAUGGAGACAGUCGAUGGCAUUGAGAGGCGCAGCUCUUGCUCAAGGCUUAACCUGGAAAUUGUAAGAAACUACUCCCAGAAUGAUUUCAUACCGAAUGUGGAUGUGAAUGUGAGUGAAAUUCCUCUGGAGAGUUGUCUGGAUGGCUGGACGUACAGCAAGAAAAUCUACCAGUCAACUACCGUCACAGAGUGGGACUUGGUGUGUGAGAACAGCUACAAAUCUCCACUGGCCACCUCCAUCCAUUACAUUGGUGUGCUGGUAGGAGCAUUUCUCUCAGGCCAGAUGUCUGACAGAUAUGGGAGGAGGCCGGCCAUGUUUCUUAUGAUGGUUCUGCAGACCGUGGCGAUCGCAGCACAGAUAUUCUCCCCGAGCUGGGAGGUCUUCAGCUUCAUUUUCUUUUUCGUGGGUGCGGGUGGAUACUCCAACUAUAUCAUUGCAUUUGUGCUGGGUACAGAAAUUCUAAGCCCAAAAGCUCGAGUGGUCUUCUGCUCCCUUGGGGUUUUUAUGGGUUCCGCUUUGGGGAACAUGGCAACACCACUUGCAGCUUACUUCCUCCGGGACUGGCGGUUGCUGCUGAUUCCCAUGGCUGCCUCUAGUCUGAUCUACGUUCCUCUAUGGUGGUUGGUCCCAGAGUCUCCUCGCUGGCUGCUUUAUCAGGGAAGAGUGGAAGAGGCUGGAGCCAUACUGAGAGAAGCUGCCAAGGCUAAUAAGAUAGAGGUUCCAAAGGCCAUUUUUACACAAGAAGAGAUUGAAGAUGCACUCACUAUGAAAGACAAGAAAUACAAUAUCUCAGCAAUCCUGAGCAGCUGCAAUGUCCUUUCUGUUACAUUGCUGUGUUCACUUCUGUGGAUCAUCAUCACUAUGAGUUACUUUGCUUUACUUCUCAACACAUCAAACCUGCAUGGUGACCCUUUCUUAAACUGCUUCCUGUCUGCUGUGACCGAAGUGCCAGCAUACAUUAUUGCCUUGAUACUGCUGCAGUACUGCUCCAGGCGCUUCUGCCAGUCGUCCACCCUCUUUCUUGGAGGCGUUAUGAUCCUCUGCGUUCACCUCAUCCCAAUAAAUCUACCUGCUGUGUCUGUAUUUCUCGAGAUGUUGGGGAAAUUCGGCAUGACGUCUUCAUUUUGUAUUGUGUAUGCCGUUUCAUCAGAGCUCUUCCCCACUGUUAUCAGAAAUACAGCAAUGGGAUGUUGUUCCAUGGCUGCUCGCAUUGGGACCAUCAUCUCCCCAUUCAUCGUUUAUAUGAGACAAUACUACAAGGCACUUCCAUACAUAUUGAUGGGGAGUUUGGCCAUUUCCGGUGCCUUCUUAUGUUUCCUGCUGCCAGAAACUUUUAGGAAGCCUCUGCCAGAGACCCUGCCACAAAUGCAGCAGAUCUGCGGGAGAAGAAGAAAGCAAGAAAAGGAAGCUGAGAAAGGAGAGAGCACUGAUGAAUAUCAGUGUAAAGAAUCCAAAUUAUAGUUGGUUAUGAUUUUUGUUUUGUUUUGUUUAGAUUUAGUUUUUUCCCUUGUUCUUUGUUUGUGUCAAAGGUUCUGUCAUGGAUGACAGUGGUGGACAAAGACUGUAACUAGACAACAUCUGUUCAAAUAUCCCAGUUUACAACUGCCUUUGCAUCUUAAUUUACCCACUAUAAACACAUUGCUUAUAAAAAGCAAUCAUUGAAUAAGUUUUCAAAUGAAUACUUUCACUUUUAAGUGCUGUGACAAUUUUGUGCAGAAAUUCUCAACUCUCAUCAUGUAAGCUCUUUUCACUUGGCAAUAGUCUGACCCCUUCUUGUGGAGGAAUUGUGUACUUUUCUUUAAUAAAAGUCAA